AGGAGGUCGAGGACUACUCGUUGCUUUCGAAUGGCGGAGGCAGAAGAAAAGCAACUUCCCUCGACAUCGUCGAGUGAACCAAAGCUUGAGAAGAACCUUGCCCUCGCCACCUCUACGCUAGUGAUUCGUAGUGUUGAGUAUGUGGAUGAGACUCAACCAUCGGCACAGCUCAAAUAUGAAAAAAUGAAGGAGGAACUGAAACCAAGCCUAGCAGUGCCUACAAAUCUAAGCAAUGAGAGGAAAAAGAAUGAAUUGCGCCUAUUGAAAAAGGAGGAAAUUCCAAACACCGAUGUAACCCAGGAAUCAAGCUUAGAACCAAGUUCAUCAGUCUUCACCUUCGGUGCUGAAGAAAUCAAGAAAUUCAAGAAAAGCAAAAAGAAGUCCACUUCCGAGCAAACCACAGAGUCUGAUUUUGAGAUGUGGACCUCCGGCAAAACGUCGCUGAGAGCACGAUUUGUUCAUGCUAAAUCGCGGACUAGUUCCAUCAUGGAUGAUCGUACCGUUAGAGGAGAGAGAGACUUCCUGAGAACCAUAGAAAAACACAAACAUCGGCGUUUGGAGAGAUUGUGCAUCUGCCCUGUUACAAAAUGGUUGCUAUUCAAAGAACGCAUGGGACGCCUUAACAACAUACUUGUUAGAGUGAAGCGGUUUUUCUGGAUCCUCUGCUGUCCUCCAUUGUGUUACAUUCUACCGCAGGUAGCAUUCUGGCCUCCACCAAAUGAAUAUUUUUUCUACAUUGACAAUGGUCCACCAAGGAUCAGGAAAGAAAUAGAGGGGCACCAAGAAGCAGUAGAAAUAGCUCUGCGUAAGAAGAAAUUUGACAAAGUGUUUAGAGCUGACAAAAAAACUACGGAACACUCUGGAUGGAGGAUUGGCCACGUUCAUCCAUGCGCAGAUGAUAUUGAUGACGUAGAAGCAUUCGUGGUUAAGACAAUGAAAAAGAAUUACAUAGCGUGCGUGCGAAUUCGUGCACCAGGCGUAAGCAGAUAUUCGAUACUCUACUCACAUCCCAAUGCCAGCGACCUUAGUGAUCAUCUCCUAGGAGUUCCAAACCUAUCGGACAUAGCACGAUUUCACAAGUGCGAUGUUUACUCAUAUGAUUAUAGUGGAUAUGGAAUAAGUACAGGGCAUCCAAGCGAGUCAAAUCAGAAAGCCGACAUUAGGGCAGUCUACGAUCAUCUUGUGAAUGAGAGGGAUCUGCUUUCUAAGGACAUUGUCUUGCUUGGCUACUCGAUUGGCUGCUUUGCUACCGUUCACUUGGCAUGUGCAAUCUCCGAACCUCCCGCAGGAAUCAUUUUACAAGCUCCACCAACAUCAUUGCUUAGAGUACUGUUUUGGGAGAGAGCAUGCUUCAAGAAACCGUUCAAAACUCAUUCGUGCUGUGCAGAUCGAUUUUCUAUCUAUGAACAGAUCUGCAAUGUUCGCGUUCCUGUCCUCGUGAUACAUGGAGAAGAUGACCGAACUGUUCCAGUCGCUCAUGGCAGAGCCAUAUGUGAAAGAGCUGUCAAAAGAGUACCGCCGCUGUGGUUGAGAGCUACGCACGAUAAUAUUGAAAACUGCCGUGACACAUGGCUGCGGAUCAGAACGUUCAUCAAAUACGAAUUGAAAAACAAACCGGAUGAAGAGGCAAGCACCGGUGAAGUAAGAUUAUGA